CAGGAUUACGUCAGACAACAACAUGGCGGCAACAAUUCGUCUUCUCCGAGGAAAAUUGUCGCGUUCAUCUGUGAUAGAUUUUCUUAAAAGCCAUACCUUCACGACAGUGAUCUUAAGGUUAAGCUCAGGAAAUCUAUCGAGAUGGUGGAGGCUCUUUCUUCCUUCCAAAAAGAGCUUACAAUGGAGAGUUGUAGCGGGAUCAACCGCUGGUAUGCUCUGUGGAGGAAUUACUCUUUGUAUGAGUUCAGGUACGAUUGAGAUCAACGCGAUUUUGUUCUGCCUGAUUCAAACUAAAUGCCAUAAGUAUGGGAACCUUUAUCCUAAUAUUUUUACGUGAUGGAGUAUGUUAUUAUUAUAAGCCGUACCAAGACGAAAUAUUAUUAGUGAUUGAUGUUAUGGAUAUUAUCAAGAUGUUAUAAUUCCUGCAAAAAAUCUAAUAUAUUUCAUUUUCGGUUGAUUGCCACUUUUUACUGAUUUAGUAUUCGAUGUUGAUAUCUUUUUUUAUUUAUGGAUUGCUCAAUUGAGUUCAGAUGCUUGUUGAUAAUUUGAUAGUUCUUUGUGCACGAAUUAAAUGUGUUGUGUCUUAAGCAUGUGACACCUCCUAGUUAGCAAUUAUUCGUCUAAAAGUCAAUUAUAGUAUAGAAUUUUUCUUAAAAAAAUGAAUUUGCUUCUCCAGGUGUUUCUGAGAGAAUGUGCAGAUUAGCCAAACAUAAUGACACCAAUGAACUCCAAAGGUAGGUGGCCUUAAUGGAAUUUCUUGUGCUUGGUUGUUUGUUUAUGAUGUUUUAUAAAAUAAAAGAGAUACUACAAGCGGCCUGAUUGGUUAAAAAUCCACAAAAAAUUGAAGUUUAUUUUAGAAAUGCAAUAGAUUGCACUUUCUAUUGGUUUACUGGUGUAAUAACCCACCUGGAAUGUUGAGAGAACACUUGAAAAGUGCAUGGGUUAUUACACUGGUAAAUUGAUAGAAAGCACAGUCUAUUGCAUGAGCUGUGUUUUCAAUGAUUUCUUGUUUAAAUUUCUGUAGCUAUGUUGAUUCUAGUUUCUUUUGUCUUAGUUCAUUACCUAAAACAAAGGUAUAUAAUAUUAUGUAUCAAACUUGUUUGAAAAAUUUUGAACCACAGAAAAAAACUGAACUGCAACAUAUACAUGACAUAAUCCAGGGUGAAUCAAAAGUCAUAGACAAUUUAUUUGUUGUUUUUUCCUUGACUUGUUUCCAUCCACUUCCUGUUAUCAGACUGAUCAAUCAAGGUCAGAAUGUCAAUCAAAAGCAUCAGCUGGGAUGGACUCCACUUCAUACUGCAGCUUUUAAUGGCAGUGAGAGGUAACUGUUUGUUGCAUGAAUUCUUUUAUUUUUUAAUUUGUCUCCCACUCUUCCAACCUUACCCUCUUCUAUUCUCUUUUAUCUUCUGUUAUUCCUUUUCUCAAUGGUAAAUUCUUUUGACUUGUGUACCAUAGUUACCAUACUCUGUGCAAUUAAAAUACUUCAUUCAAAGAACUCUCUUGGUGACAUGCUGCAAACUUGGAAUCUACAUAAUUUUAGUUUAUACAGUUUUGUGUAUGUCUUUUGUGUUUAUUAGUUUAUCUACUAGCUAAUUUUCUUUUCAUUUUUGUAUAUUCCUCUUGUACUUGUAUAUUUAGGAAUCAGGUUUUUAAAAUCUUGAGUUGUCAAAGGUUAAAUGCUGUCUCUUCUUCACAACAAAUUCUGCUUUACUUACCUGCAUUUAAAGGUCUUUGGCACUUCUACUAAAGGCAGGAGCUGAUGUCAAUGCAAGAGAUGAAUUCAGCACAGCUUUCCGAACUGCUCAAAAGAAGCACAUGAGAUCUUUUGAUGGUAAGAGAACACAAGUUACUCCUAAGAAUUUUUUAAGGUUUCCUUGAGAUUUUGCAAGUACCUAUCUGUAAAUGCUACUGAGUGGAGAGAAGUAUUUAUGGUAAGUUUGUUACUGAAGAAUGCAACACAGUGAGCCUGCCAUCGCUUGCACCCAAAGCUCUUAAUCUGAAGCUCAGCGUGUUAGCUACUGGACCUUUCCUUUCUUUCACAAUGUGCCCAUAAUUUAUUUUUUUAAGUAUUAAUGUUUUAGUGAUAUUGAUGCGAGAUAAUGACUUCAGUGACAGACUCCAUCGCAGUGCUAACUUCAGUGGCUUCACUCCACUCCACUAUGCAGCUCUUGGUGAUAGCCUUGAAUGUGUUCAACUCCUUGUGAAUGCUGGUAACGUUUUUGAGUUGUUUUUAAUAAAGAUUACUUUUAUUAAUGCACAGGACCAAUCUAUUUUAGCUUUUGACCCCUAAUGUUGUAUAGUGUGAUAUUUCUCCUUACAAUAUCACCCCUGAAUCGCAUAGUAAGGUUAUGAGAAUAAAGGAAGAAGUUCUUGAUUGUUGAACAAAUUCUCCUUGUCAUCACCCUUGGAAUUGUAUAAGGAACAGUAUGGAGAAUAUGGAACUAAUGUUAGGGUAUAAAGGUUUAAGUUUUUCACUCUAAGGAUGUUGUAUUACUUGAACACAUUCUCCCUGCUGCUGUCUAAGUUGUGUAUAGUUAGUGCUGUGUUUUAUCAAAAGAGGUCUUUUCACUAUUUAUGAUAACAUUUUGCUUUUCUUCUUGCUUGUUUGUUUGUUUGUUUUUUUAUUGCCAAUAGGAGCCGAUCCAACUCUUAAGGAUAACUCAGGCUACCAAGCAGUAGAAUAUGCUGGGAAUGUAAAGAUUAAAGAAUUCUUGAUGAAAAAAAUGGAUGUGGUAAUAGAUGUUAAUGUCUAUUUGAAGCUAUCCUUCAAAUUUUUGUGAGCUGUGCUUGCAUUGUGUAGGGCAAAUACCACAAUAUUUUUAAAAAUUGUAUUGUCAGUAUUAAAGAUGGCAAAAUUUCAAUUAAAAGAAAAAACAGGUAGUGCAGCUGUGUUUUGUGACUGAAAUGACACAACUUGUUUUUCAGUAUGUGAAAGAGAAAGAGAGGAGAGAGAUUGAGGAAAGACGGCGUUAUCCUUUGGAGAUGAGAUUGAAAGAGAAUAUUGUUGGACAAGAAGGAGCCAUUCUCACAGUUGCUGCAAGUAUGAUUUUUUAUGCAACAAAAUCAGUUUUGGAAGACUACAGUUUGGCAAAUUUGAGAAUAAUAUUCUACUGAAUCUGUUUUUCAUUUGUUUGCAGCAAUUCGUAGAAGAGAAAAUGGUUGGUAUGAUGAAGAACAUCCCCUUGUGUUUCUCUUUCUUGGAUCUUCAGGGAUUGGUAAAUUUGUUUUCUUGGAACAAAGAUUCAGUUUAUAUAUUUGAGUUUACUCACAUAAAACAUGCGCAAUCUGAUAUUACAUUAUUAAUGACUGUGACUCUACUCAGAUUUUCUUAUAACAGAUUUCUGGAGCUCUGCAUUUGAAAAAGUUAAAUUUAAUUUAUUAGUGCAGUAUGAUCCUGCAUUCAAGUUUCUAAAUCAUAGGGAAAGACUUCUAUUCGUGUUUCAUCAUUCUCUCUGAUUGUUCCUCCCUGUAGGAAAAACAGAGCUUGCCAAACAAGUGGCUAGGUAUCUUCAUAAAGACAACAAGAAGGUAGUGCAGGUUUUUUUGAAACUGUAUUUUGUUAUUACUUUGUUUAAGUCUUUAAAAGUCACUUUCUCUCUCCCAGGGUUUUAUAAGACUGGACAUGUCUGAAUACCAAGAAAAGCAUGAGGUAAGAGUUGAUUUAAAUGAAAAAAUCAAAGAACGUUUAAGAUUCCGAUCUGUCAUUUUACUAUCUUUGAAAAAGAAAACUUUCCUCUGACAAAGACAACUAAGGUAUAAGGUUUAUACGGGCAGCUAAGAGGGGGGCAGAUGAAAGGCAGAAUUCUCUUACUUAAAAAGUUCAAGAUUCCCCAGAGUUGUGGUAAGACAUAGAAAUCGGGCCCAUUCCGUCGAAAAAUUUGGCUGGUACCGACACCUCUACCUUAUUUUACACAGCAAUUUUCAAGUGAGGGUGGAAUUGCUUUUGUUUGGUUUUGUUUUGCUUCGCUCUGUGGUUGGUCCAGAAAAGUCACACCACCUGCUCCACCAAUUAGAUUCAAAACUGAAACCAACUGCGUCUUCGUCACUCACGUUUUCCCGCGCUUCAAGCAUUGUGCUUGUUCUUACUCUCAAUUCCCAUUGGCUCGUUGUGAUAUUUUCCUUUGUUUUUAUUGGCUGUUGUGCUUGCUUUGGUCUUGGUUUUACACUCAAACAAAUGGCGCUCAAACUGGAACUUAAACAUCUUUCUUUCAAGGUUGCGAAAAUGAUCGGUGCACCACCAGGCUACAUUGGACAUGAUCAAGGUGGACAAUUGACAAAGAAACUCAAGGAGUGUCCAAAUGCUGUAGUGUUAUUUGACGAGGUGAGAAAUAAGUGAUCCUCAAAUUUUUUAGAGGUUUCUUUCUUGUGACUGAAAUCUCUGGGCUCAUCUCAUUUUUUAAUGUCUUUUUAGGUGGAUAAGGCCCACCCGGACGUUUUAACAGUCAUGCUUCAAUUGUUUGACGAGGUAGCGUCUAUACUUAAAUUUGAGUUAAAAUUGUUGUAGUAGUUUUUUUAAAUUUAGUCAUUAUAGGUUUUAAAAUUUUUCAUUUUGUUAUUUCAUUCUAUUUGAGUGUUGAUUUAAAAAAACCUCUGUUUUUGAUUCAGGGUCGUUUGACGGACGGACAAGGAAAGACGAUUGUAUGUAAAGACGCAAUUUUUGUGAUGACUUCAAACCUUGCAAGUGAUGAAAUAGCAAAUCACGCAUUGGAGCUGAGAAGAGAAGCAAAACUAGCUGCUGAGCAAAGACAAGAAGGUACGUUUUGUUGUGGAGGCUUAAAUUUUGUUAAUGUUGGACGACGAAAUGCGGGAUAAAUUUGGACAGAUGUGCAACAUUUCUAACCACAAAUUUGCACCUCGUUCAAGUUACUCGUGAAAUAAUUGCCAGACUGGCUGGAAUACAAAGGGGGAAGAGAAGGGAAGGAGGAAAAAGUUUACACAAACACGCGAAAACAAAGUUGGUCUUGGGAAGAAAAGUUUUUUUCUUUUUUUCCAAUGUGUAUGCGUUCUCGUGUUGCAUGGGCAGGAGUUCACUGUUUUUCUUUUCAGCUGAUGAAGUCAGCGAAAAGGUUACUAUAUCAAGAAAUUUUAAAGAAAGAGUGGUCCAGCCUAUUCUGAAGGUAAACAUUCCUUUGGCGAUAAAUUGCAACAAACGUGGCAAACAUUUCCUUAGCGAUAAAUUGCAACAAACGUGGGUUUAUGAAAUUGAGAAAAAUGAGUGAUGUCUUGAGAAUUCGGGAGUAUUCUUUUUUGUUAAAGCUAAAGGGUAGUUAUCAUGACAUGUUCUCUAGAGCUUUUUGUUUCUCUUCGUAUUGACAGCUUCACUUCAGACGAGACGAGUUCCUGGGUCGUAUCAACGAGAUGGUUUACUUCCUGCCAUUUUCACGCCCAGAGCUUUUAAGCUUAGUGACGAAAGAGCUGGAUUUCUGGUCAAAAAUGGUCGGUAAUGUGCUCUCCUGUAACAUUUUGUAAAAGAUCUCGAGGAGUUGUUAGAGAAGCAAUCUAAGUCCCUGCCGAAUUUCUUCUUUGUUUGAAUACAGGCGUUGAAUCGACACGAUAUCCACAUGACUUGGGAUAAAGAAGUCUUGGAUGUACUGGCUGAUGGCUACGACGUACAUUACGGAGCGAGAUCGAUAAAACACGAAGUACGAUCGAUUCUAUGUUCACGACUUUACCAUGUGGUGUAAUUUUGCCUUCCCCCCCAUUCCACUAAAAUACUCACACUUCGCGUUUCCGACGGCUUUUUGUCAGUUUUUUUUCUCUUCUCUUCACCGUUUUAUUAUUUUAAUACAAUUUAACGCCAAACAUAUGAUAAAUUGAAAAUAAAGUAAAACUUUUUCUUAUAACUAGCAAUGGAAAUGGAGGGUAAAUGAUUGGCAUUGAAAAUAGAAUGUGUUGCCGGUAUAAUAGUGGCUGUAGGCAAGUGCAGAAGGAGUCUUUCUUUGUAGUGUAGUAACAUAUUCGAGGUCGGAGGACCCUCGCCUAAAUAUUUGCCAUCUGAAAAAAAUACCGAAACAAACGAGAACUGUAGCAGGUCUUUGAAUUAUUCUCUUACGAAAAUUAUUGGUUGUGAUACAGGUUGAAAGAAGAGUUGUCAAUCAACUUGCUGCUGCGCAUGAGCGAGAGUUGAUAAGUCCCGGAUGCUCCCUGCACUUAACAGUGAGCUACCCCAAAGAUAAAAAUGGACGGAACUCAGAGGAAGUAGCACCUACCAUCAAAUUGCAACUCAUUAAGGAAGGAAAAAAGAAAGUCGACAUUGAUGUUGGAAACUAUUUUGUUCCUGACGAUAAACUGUUCUUUUGAAGAAAAGAAAGCAAGCGACGAACGAACCGGAAACGGAAAUGAAUUUGAAUGGGUAGUUAGCAGUGAGGAUUCAAGACCAAGUGAAGAUCUUUUUACCAUUCCAGUCUUACGGUCAUGGAUCAGUCGUUGUUCAAAGGCUCACUCGCUGACACAAACAGAAUAAGUGGUUCUCGCACACCAAAAACAAGAUUUUCUUAGAACGUUCAUGGAGAGCAUGUUGGCUGAAUUGUAGUUCACAGCCUCUCGAUGGUUAUUGUGUGAGCGAAGGAAGACUGACAUGUGUAGAUACUGUUCUGGUGAAGCCUAUUUUAGAAAUGUAAAUAUUGGUAAAGAAAUACAACAGGGCCAGGAUUGGAACGAAUUCAAACGGCGCAAAAAAUAAAAAAAAGCAACUGUUCCAUGGAAAAAAACUCUUAGUACUGGAUGGCUUCCAGGUGUAUCCAAAAUUUCAAA